AUGCUGCAGGCGACCAGGACUAUCCGAGAGUGUGGCGCGUGCCUUCCGUCACAUGAGGGCGCCAGAGUUGACGUGUGUCGCGAGUGUCGCGCCGGCUUCGAUAGCGGACGGCUGCCUAAAGCUUGCUCGGUCAAUAACAUGGCCAUCGGCUGCGAACAUCGAUACCCCGACGAGCUUGAUGACCUCUCCCCCGUCGAAGAGAGACUCAUUGCCCUGCACACGCCUUUUGGCUACAUCACCAAGUUCACAGUCGACAACAAGACCCGUUCGGGAAUCAGCUACCGCAAGCACGUGAAAGGACACAUCGUCGUAUUUCCAAACAAGGUGGACGAUCUUGUUGCCACCGUUCUUCCCCAUCCCUUGCUGCAGGCUAUUGAGAACAUUCACGUCUCUUGGAGCGGUUCGGCUAAGCCUGGCUCCGCAGACGUCGGACACCUGCUUCGGGUGCGCAAAUCUCGAGUGGCAGCCGCCCUGGCAUGGCUCCAGAGCAACAACCCGCUUUACGAGAAUAUCGCGAUCAACCAAGCAGAGAUGGACGGCUGGCGGUAUGCCGAUGGCUCCACUGUUCCGACCGUCAUCAUGGACCGCAUGCAAAGAGAGGAACCGUCGACCGUUGAGAGGACACAAACGGACCAUAUAGUCCCGGACACUGACCGAGGCUUGGCGGAAAACAGCUUUACAAGCAUCGAUGAACUCGUAAACUCCAUCGAUCCUACCCUCAUCGCUGAAUCUUGCGAUUUGGACCGUACUCUGUCGACUGAGCAGACUCAACCUUCCCCUGGUGAGCCGGCGACAAGAGUCGCCGGCUCGGCCGCCAUCGGCCAGGAAGUUGAUCCUGUCUACGAGACGUCUUCGUCCGGCAUGUUUCCUCUCGAUGGUCCGGCUGCCUUCGCCGAGACCGAUAAACUGUCGUUUCUGGCCGACAUCGUCAACGCCAAUCCGGACCGACAUGGCAACUCUGUGCCGGCGACUCGAGUCAUGGCCGACAAAGCGACGCUGCCGACCGUCGUCCGAAUCACUCUCUUCAAUACUGGACCAGAUACGUAUUGCAACGGCAUGGAGGCCGAUUCGCCACCCAUCCUGUGUUUUGUUUCUUAG